AUGCCCGGAAAAGCAGAGUUGUGUUUUCUGAGUGCUACCCAGAUUCUUUCUCUACUCAAGGAUAAUGUUAUCAUAAUUGAGGACUAUGCACGUUCUCUUUUGCAUCGUAUUGACCAGAGGGAUGAUAUUGUAAAAGCAUGGGCAUAUCUAGAUUCACAACAGAUACUCAGACAAGCACGAGCACUAGACAGAGUUCCUCCCACACAACGAGGUCCACUCCACGGUCUUGCGAUUGCGAUCAAAGAUUCCAUUAACACCAAAGCUGGAUGGUUUCCCCUCCCAGGCAAAACCACGACACCAGGACUAACCUGGCUCAACAGCGGUCCCCAAACCGCCAAUCUCCACGAUGUAAACCGCACUCCAGGCAGAUCAUCUACAGGCUCAGCAGCAGUAGCCGCCGACUUCCAGGUCCCUUUCAGUAUCGGGACUCAAACCAGCGGGAGUAUUAUCCGUCCAGCAUCGUACACUGGUAUUUUUGCCAUGAAACCAACAUACAAUGCGAUUUCUCUCAAAGGCCAAAAAAUCUGUUCAAUCUCUCUUGAUACAAUCGGUUUCUUUGCUCGCUAUAUCGAGGAUCUCCAACUACUUACUGAUGCAUUUUCUCUCAAAGACAUACACCCUCACAAGACCAUACCCUUGAAAGAAAUUCGAGAUCAAGCCGGCCCCGGUACCAUCACCGCUAUGAAUACCGCCUUCACCAUUCUCCACAACCGCGGUAUCAAAAUUGACCAAGUUGCUUUCCCCCCAGAAUACGCCAAUUCCAAAGUGCUUGCCCAAAACUUCAACACCAUUUACGAAACCGAAGCGCGAUCGUCUUUCCGCCAAGAAUACAACAUGGAUAAAUCAAAGCUCCAUCCCGAAAUCCGUACUUUCGUCGAAACCCCACCCCCACUCCACAAAAACACUCUCAAGCUCUCGACUACUUCGCCCGCAUCCGAAAAAUCUUCACUUCUUCCAUCUUCUCCCAAUCGACGCAAUUCUCACCCCCAGCGUCCCAGACGAAGCACCUCUCGGUCUACACGAUAUGGGAAGUUCGGUAUUCAAUUUCUUCUGGACAGUGCGUAUAUUUUAUCCUCCCUCCCUACAAUCCCUCCCCUCCUUCUCCACCCCCAUCCGCAUCUCAUUACAUCAACAAACCCCAUUCACGUCCUCCAAUCCCAAAAGUCAACUCACAUGCCCGUGAAUAUCCCCGCGUUCAUCGGUCCCACCAGGAUGCCCAUCGGUCUCUCACUCAUCGCAUCUCCAUUUCGCGAUCAGCAUCUCUUGUUUCUCGCUAAAUGUAUCGCGGAACCGCUUAUGAGUGAGGGUGGUUGCAAGGGAAACUCGCCUCCGAAUCACCAAGUCUAA